AUGGCAGUCACUGUUCACGGUCAUUGUCAAGAAAGAUUCGAAGCCGUCCGUCGACUUCUGCAGAACUAUGUCGAGUCUGGUGAAGAAUUGGGCGCGUCGAUUGUCGUCAACGUCGAUGGUGAUGACGUCCUUGAUCUCUGGGGAGGUUUUACGACCCGCGACCAUUCGAAGCCGUGGGAACGCGACACGAUAGUUAAUGUCUUUUCAAUGACCAAGACGACCUUGUCGUUUGCUUUACUUCUCCUGGCGGACCGAAAGCAGCUGAAGUUGACCGACAAGGUGGCCAAGUAUUGGCCUGAGUUUGCUGCGAAUGGGAAGCAAAAUAUCGAGAUACGGCACAUCAUGUCCCAUACCUCUGGUCUCUCAGGAUGGGAUCAGCCGUUAGUGAUCGAGGAUCUGGUCAACGUACCCAAGCUCUCAGCUCUCCUCGCCCAACAGCAACCGUGGUGGGAGCCAGGCACGGCAUCGGGAUAUCAAUCACUGUCGUCUGGGUACUUGAUUGGGGAAGUUGUGCGACGAGUCUCUGGCAAAAGUCUCAAACAGUUCAUUGCAGAAGAUAUAUCGGCCCCGCUUGGAGCGGACUUUCAGCUGGGGUGUCAAGAACGGGAUGAGCCACGCAGGAGCGACAUAUUUCCGCCUCCAAUGCAGUUUCCGCCGAUCGAGCCUAGUUCAAUCAUGGCCAAAACAUUGUCUAAUCCUGCGAUGGAGAUAGACUUUGCCAAUAGCCUAGAGUUCAGAAAGGCCGAAAUUGGGUCUGGCAAUGGUCACACAAACGCAAGGGGCAUAAAUCGAAUCAUGUCUGUCAUUUCGAGACACGGCCGCGCCCAGGAUGGUCAGGAAUUCCUGUCUGAAACCACCAUCAAUCAGGUCUUCCAGGUUCAGGCGGACGGAACUGACCAGGUAUUGAACUUCGGGGCCCCCAUUCGCUGGGGUACGGGCUUCGCUCUACCCUCGGCGGGUACAUGGAUCGAUUGGAUUCCCUCGGGAAGAAUCUGCACCUGGGGUGGAUUUGGCGGCUCAAUCGUGAUUAUGGAUCUGGAGCGUAAAAUCACCAUUUCAUAUGCCAUGAAUAACUUGGAGGUGACGUUCUUGGGGUCGGUGCGCACAAAGGCAUAUGUGACAGCUAUAUAUGACGCGCUCGAGACAUCCAAGGUCUGA